AUGACGCUGCUGGAAGGUCAUACUCAGGUCAUUCAUGAGCUCUCCCACACGGUCGCGACUCAGCACAAUGAUUUCCGGUCGUCCGUGAUGGAUCAGCUUCAACAUCAACAGUCAAGCCGAGAAUUUAAGAUUGAGGGGGCCUCUAUGCCGAAAUUCUACGGCAAGCUACAAGAAAGUGUGGACGAAUUCAUAUUCGAGGCUAAGUUGUUCAUGAACGGCAAGAACAUUGACUAUGGCCAUCCCGCCAAUCCGUUGCGCGUGGUUGCUAGGCUGGCAAGUAACCUUCGAGAUGGUGCGGCCUCAUGGUACCAUAACCGCAUCAUGAUCGGCAAGGAGCCUAUCAGCUCAAUUGACGAGUUUGAAUCUGCGCUACGAGAUGAAUUCCUUCCUCCUGACCAGCAGCAUCGUCUGCGUGCCGCGCUACGUUCCUGUAAGCAGACGACGGACGUCGAGGAAUACGUGUCUCGCUUUCGCAAAAUUAUCGCUCAGGUUCGCGACAUGUCUGCGCUGGUCAAGGUUGACCACUUCAUCAUGGGCCUGAAGCCCGAGACUCGUAAGGAGGUCAACUAUCUCAACAGAAACUCGCUAAAUGCCGCCAUUUCAGCCGCUCAAGCUUACGAACGAGCGCAUUUUGGUGGCGGUCGUCGAUCCCAUGCAGCCCGACGCGAUGGACCCGAGCCCAUGGAUAUAUAUCAAGUGAUUGCCCGUCCGACCCUUGAGCAGUGUCACCGCCAACGACUUUGUUUUUACUGUCGCGAAUCUGGCCACCGCAUUUCGGACUGCCCUAAGAAGCGUCAGCGAAACGACGGAGCUCAACGGACGUAA